GCCGACGUGCUCAAUGCGGACGUCGCUGAUGUAUCGCCGGAGUCGCCGAUGCAGCGGCGAUGCAUCGAAGGUGUGGCACGAUCCUGCGAUUCUAUCUGCUCGGACCCCUUUUGGGAGAUCUCUCUAGGAUCAGCUCGCCAAGACGAAGGAGCUCAAGGCGUCGGCGCUGGAGGGGAUCAGGGAGUCGAUGUCGAGCAACCUGCACCGGGCGGAGAUGGAGGUCGACGCCUCGUCCGCGCUGGAGGGCUUCGCGGAGCCCCUCAACGAGACUGAGGCAGCCGAGAUAGCCGACGCGUGGCUCACCGUCCCGGGGGCCGACGUCACCUUCAGCUACAACACCCACUGCGAUCCGGUGGCGGGCUGCCGCAGCAGCGGCCACAAGUGGGGGCAGCCGUCCUUCCAGGAGAUGCACCGCAACAUGCUGGCUUCCCUUCGCGCCAUGCGCUUCUGCUUCAGCGACAUCCUCGUGAUCCUCGACGUUCCCCACGUCGGCCACGACAAGCUCGGCCCCGAGACGCCUGGCAACGUCACCAGCCACAUGGUGACCCCCAAAGAAGUGCCAGGCUCCUUUAGCGAGAUGCGUCUGGCAGCCGGCCAGACCGUCAAGAGGUUCACCGUGGAUUCUGGGCUCUCGACGGCGGCCACCGCCACUGCAAAGGCUGCUGCGGAGCUGCUGCGCGACCACUGCCCCGCCGCUGCCCCGCAGUGGAAGGUGAAGGUCAUGGACUACGGCUCCCAGGAGCUGCGGCAGCGGGCACUGGAGCACUACGCCAUCCCAGAUGGGGAGAGGAACAGCAGCUUCUAUGACAACAUGUACAUCAACACCAUGGCCCUGGACGAGAACUUCCAGGCCAAGAGCCAGUACGUGUACCACAUGGAUGCCCAGUGGCGUCUCUACAGGAGCAACUUCUCGAGGAGCACCCCUAACUUUAUCGAGAAGGCCCUUUCUCUCAUGAAGUCGGACAGCCGGGUCUACAUGGCCUCGGUCAUGAACACGUUCAACCUCGAGCCCCAGAAGAAUCCGUACAACAAGUUCGCAGUGAUUCCUGGUUCCGUGCAUGGCAGCACCCCGAUCGAGCGUGUGAAGGGCAUGCUGCAAGGCUGGAGCAAAGACCAGUGGCUGUCGCAGAAGCGCCCGCUCCGCGGAGAGGCCUUCCACGGAAAAUGGGAGGACCCCGAGGCGAACCAGAAGAUCGCGCUCUUCAAGAUGAACUGGGAGAAGUGGGGUGGCAUCGUCACCCGCCACCAGUUCCUCAUGGACACGCAGCGCUUCAAGAACGUCUUUCCGCUUGAGGAGUGGGACACCGCUGCCGAGCACAUGUGGUCUUCCAACAUGAACAAGAAGGCCCCUGACAGCGCUUUCCAGAUCUACUUCAACGAGACGGUUGGCAUCUUCGCUGGCCCAUCUGAGGCGUGAAGAUGAGGACCACUUACGACUUACUGCGUGUUUGUGUUCACAACGUUGCUUCCGUUUGCGCAUGAAGAGGGUGAGGAUCAGCAGGGUGAUAUAUGGAACAUAAUGAGGAUGAGAAGGAGGCGGUGCAGGCGGAAUUAGAGCGAUUGUGCUUGGGCCUGGCACAGCAGUGUGACCUUUUUGUUCGUGCCCUCUGUUGGCUGAGCGUGCAUCCGCCGCAGCGGCCUGGCUGAAAUGGCGACCCUUCUGGCAGAUACGGUGGCCCUAGAGUCACUGGAAAAGAGUAUGGCGACCUCCCUGGCGGACACACCGUUGGCCACAUCAGCGAUGGGGAGGAGGUUGGAG